UGGAUGGAGGCCCCCAGUUGAGGCUCCUUGUUGCUCUCUGGCCCUCCGGCUCCUUAGCCACCUGCGGCCAUUUGCUGGGGCUUCAGCGCUGCUGGGGCCCUUCUGCGAGAGAGAAGCAGAGCGCUGCCUGCAGAGAGAGACGCACCUGGGCGGAGAAGGAUGGAGGCGGAGGCGGAAACCAAUAACCAGUGGGAAACAUCUCAAAGAAGGAAGAACGCAAUCUUAGUGGAUGGUGUAAUUUUAAAUGGCCCAGUUGCAGACUCAGAAGCAGGAGAGAAGUUUGUGGAAGAAGCCACUAAGAUCAUUAUGGAGGAAGUGAUAAAGAAAGCUGCUGAUGUCACAGAAAAGGUGUGUGAAUGGCACCCUCCUGAAAAGCUGAAGACUCUUCUUGAUUUGGAAUUGAAAGACACUGGAGAGAACCAUCAGAAACUCUUGCAGUUUUGUCGGGAUGUUAUAAAAUUCAGUGUCAAAACUAAUCAUCCAAGAUUUUUUAAUCAGCUGUAUGCUGGAAUUGAUUAUUAUUCUUUAGCAGCACGUUUCACUACAGAAGCAUUAAACCCAAGUGUGUAUACCUAUGAAGUGUCCCCAGUGUUUUUGUUAGUGGAAGAAGCAGUCAUAAAGAAGAUGAUUGAAUUCCUUGGUUGGGAAGAAGGUGAUGGUAUAUUUAAUCCAGGUGGCUCUGUUUCUAACAUGUAUGCAAUGAACUUGGCAAGAUACAAAUACUGCCCUGAGAUAAAGGAAACUGGGCUUUCAGGGUUGCCUCGACUGGUUCUGUUUACAUCUGAUGAGUGUCAUUACUCUGUGAAGAAGGCGGCAUCGUUUUUGGGAAUUGGCACACAAAACGUGUAUUUCAUCAAAACCGAUGAAAGAGGUAAGAUGAUACCUGAGGAACUGGAGAAACAAGUCCUGCGGGCCAGGAAAGAGGGUUCAGUACCAUUUCUUGUCAGUGCUACAGCUGGCACCACAGUCUUGGGAGCCUUUGAUCCUCUGGAUGAAAUAGCCGACAUCUGUGAAAAAUAUGACCUUUGGCUGCAUGUUGAUGCAUCAUGGGGAGGCUCAGCUUUACUGUCCAGGAAGCAUCGUAAGCUUCUACAUGGGAUCCACAGGGCCAAUUCUGUGGCAUGGAAUCCUCAUAAGAUGCUCAUGGCAGGAAUCCAGUGUUGUGCAUUUCUGGUGAAAGACAGUUCAGGUUUGCUUAAGAGAUGCUAUUCUGCCAAUGCCUCGUACCUGUUUCAGCAAGACAAGUUCUAUGAUGUCAGCUAUGACACAGGUGACAAAUCAAUCCAGUGUAGCAGAAGAGCAGAUGCUUUCAAAUUCUGGAUGACGUGGAAGGCACUGGGGACAACUGGCCUCGAGGAGAGAGUAAACAGAGCCCUUGCAUUAGCCAGAUACUUAGUGGAUGAAAUCAAGAAGAGAGAAGGCUUCCAGUUGCUGUUUGAACCGGAGUAUGCAAACAUAUGCUUCUGGUACAUUCCACCUAGUCUGAGAAACACUGAAGAAGGACAUGAAUACUGGGAGAAACUCCAUAAUGUUGCCCCUGUCAUUAAAGAAAGAAUGGUGAAAAAAGGCAGCAUGAUGUUGGGGUACCAGCCUCAUCGCGGCAAAGUUAAUUUCUUCCGCCAGGUAAUUAUCAGCCCCCAGGUGAGCCGCGAGGACAUGGAUUUCCUGCUGGAUGAGAUCAACUCUCUUGGGAAAGACUUAUAGUUGAUGUUCUACAACAUUAUUCCUUGUGUGUGUGUGUGUGUGUGUGUGUGUGUGUGUGUGUGUGUAGACUUUCAAGAUUAAGAAUGUAUGUUGCAGAAGCCUAUUGGUAGUAGCCUUAGGGCUGAUGGGUCUGUAUGACUGCAAACGUUUUGUUCACUGAAGUGCUAGUUAGUAAAUGAAGUGUUAACAUCACCAAUUGUACAUGAUGAGUUGCACACUUAUUCUCAUCUGUUAUGUUCUUUUCUACUUGAAACAUUAUUUUCGGGAGAAGUCAAAAUAUUACAAUUUAUGCUUCCCAUCUUUUCUGACCUUUUGAAAGCUAAUUGAAUAUUGUUUCAGAAUUACAGUUUAUAUCUCUGUUGCUCAAAUGUCAGCAAAGUAUUUCUGAAGUAUUUUAGAAGCAUAUUAACAUUAAAGAAAUUUUACAGAGAUGGAUGGAUGGAUGGAUGGAUGGAUGGAUGGAUGGAUGGAUGGAUGGUGUGUGUCUCCUGGAGGUGUAUUUUUUUAUGGUGUGUGGCUAUUUAAAGUAAGGGUUACUGUAGUGAUUAAUCCAUUGGUGUGUUUCUAAUGAUGUAAAAAGUUAUCAGAUUUCAUCUGAGUAGAAUAUAAACUUGGGGGAGAUAAUACUAAAGAUAAGGUAAAUGCAAUUUGAAAUGUGCUCAUAAGUUUCCAAUAGAGACAUAGUGGUGAAGCUGAAAAGACUCAUGUUGGCUUCUAUCACUGUCUUAUUCAUUUAUUACAGUAUGUUCUAGGCAUAUUCAUGAUCAGUUUUGCAUUACUGUAGGACAUCCAACUGCAAAGUUGAAUUUGGAUGUUACAUUCAUGGUGUGGUGUAAUAAUUUUAGAGAUCUGUUUUACCUGCUGCUAUCAGUUCUGUACAGCAAACAAAUGUAUUUAUAAUGCAUAACAGAAUUGUCCAGCUUCAGCACUGUAGUGGUACUUUUUUCACAACAUAUUUAAGUCUAAUGAACACCAAACUCCUGGUUUUUUCAUUGACUCUUUUAGUUAAAUGUAAUGGAUAACUCUUCUGAAUAAAUCCAGACUAUUAAAAAAAAA